AUGGAAAGAACUGGAAUGGAAAAUAAAGGCCGCGGGCAAGGCUCACAGACGGGGGAGUCUACUCCUCGACACCGGGCUCCAGGCCAUGACGCCGAACAGACCCACACCAGGAAGAUGGGCCGAUCCAGUUCACCCAGGCCCAUGAUGAAGGCUAAGCCAAAGCUCGCUAGUCCGAAGGGCUUUCCGGUCCGAAAAUCUCCUGUUACCCGCAUUGGGGGUGGAUCGAGUAAGCAGCGGCGGUUAAGCCCGGGCCUGGGUCCUACUCGCCCCUUGGUGGAUGGAAAUGGAGACAGGCCGAGGCAGGCCCAGAGGCGGGGAGUCAUACCAGACCAGCCCAGUGACCAGGUUUCGCCGGCUGCACAACCGGAGGUGCAGAUGGUGCUAGAGGAAUCCAGGCGUCGGCGCCUGAUCUUGGAAGAGGAUUCGGAUGAUGAUCUUGACCUGAACCAUGCUACAGGUACUGACGUAGCCAUGGGGGAGAAGCUACCGAAACAAUCGACGGCAGGCAUGCCGCGAGAGUAG